AAUCGAGAGUCCAUCAGCUCAGCUCGAGGGAGUAGCAGUAGCAGUAGCAGUAGUAAAAAAGGAUCAUCUGUGAUCCCUGAUGGUGGAAUGGACAAAGAUCUCCUUCACCAAUCAAAACACCUCUGAUGAAAACGGAUAAUAGGCGGAGGACACUGAACCAGACAGACAAACUGUGCUGAGCUGCUUGGAGCUCCCUACCCCAGCCUUACUCUCUUCCAGCCUUGGCUCCCAUGAAUUCCAGCCGGAGCCUCCUCUCGUCGCCCCUCUUCCCUACAUCCUCUCCAAACUUCAGGAGCACUGCGUCCUCUCCGACCCCCUCGCGCACCUCAGUCCCAAUGAUGCACGACAGCACCGGCCGAGCAUCCACCGCAUGUCACUACUCGCCCUCGCUUGUAGCGGAAGAGCAGGUUCACGGUUCGGUGUCCUUGAAGGGCGAAAAGGCCUUGCUGGAGUUACUACUUGACAUGGCUUUGGAACAACAUACCCAAGGGAAGAAAGUCACAGGUGAAGAGGGGGCAGAAAGUGAGUUUGAGAGUUAUUUGCGAGACCUGCAACGCCAAGUGAUUUAUCAGCAGGUGUUAGGUGAAGAGUACAAUUCUACUUCCGUGAGCACUUCAACAUUGUCCAUCAAAUCAAGUGCAACUUUGGAUCUUGGUGCAACCUCAGCGACUGUGUUGAAGGAAGUGGCAUUUUUACCAGAGGAAUCAGGCACCUCGGCCGCUGAGCUGGAUGUGACAUUGCUUCACCGUUUGGAUUUGAACCACUCAUAUGAGAAGCUGCUGAGCAAAGGGCAAGUGUUCAUUCGAUCGAAACGGUUGCUUGAGAGAAGAUCCAAGAAACGUGAUGCUCCUCGAGCGUCAAGUACUGAUGCUCUGUGCGGUGUCGUGUCAAGUACUGAUGCUCUGUGCGGUGUCGUGGACACAAAGAAGAAAGAGAAGUCAAAGAAGUAUGGCAGAGUUCUUGAUCCAGAUGAGCCCUUUAAGUUGUUCCUACGAGACCCUGAGACGACGGAGUUCUUGACCGCGAAAGAAGAGAAACAGUUGUUCAGUGAAGUACAGAAUCUUAUGAAAUUAGAGGAGGCUCAGCGUAGAUUAGAAGCGCAGUGUGGCCGUGAGCCGGCAAUUGAAGAGUGGGCUAAAGCUGUAGGAAUGAGUUGCAAGGAUCUGCAGUCAUCUAUUCACAUCGGAAGACGCUGCAGAGAGAAGAUGGCUCGCUCCAACUUCCGCCUUGUGAUACAUGUAGCUAGGAAAUACCAGGGUUAUGGUCUUGACAUUGAGGACCUAGUUCAGGACGGGUGCUGUGGAUUGAUGAAGACCUUUGAAAAAUUCAAUCCAAGCAAAGGAUGUAGAUUCCCGACAUAUGCGUAUUGGUGGAUACGUCAAGCAAUUAAGAAGUCUAUUUUCAAGCAUUCGAGACUAAUUCGGUUGCCGGAGAGUGUUUAUGCGCUUCUGAAAAAGGUUGGGAAAGCAAGGCUGGAGUGCAUCUUGGAAGGGGAGCAACCUACUAACGAAAAUGUAGCUAGGCGUGCUGGUAUCACAAUUGAGAAGCUGGCAAAACUCAAAGCAAAAACCAGAAAAUCACGAUCAUUGCAAGAUCGAGUUUGGCCAGAUGACGGAGUCACGUUCCAGGAGAUCACAGAAGACCCAAAUAUUGAGCCUCCAGACCUUGUCGUAGACAGGAUGAUGAUGAGGCAGCAAGUCCGUGACUUCCUGGGGAUCCUGAGCACCAGGGAGAAGGAAAUCAUCGAGCAUCGUUUCGGAAUCUAUGAUGGUGAGCCCAAAACCCUUCAUGUGAUUGGAGACAUGUAUGGCCUAUCAAAGGAGAGAAUCCGGCAGCUGCAGAACAGAGCGCUGGAUAAGCUGAAAAGGAGUGUAUCGAACCAGGGAUUCGAUGUUUACUUGGAUUUGCUAACUUCAAGAGGCUAAGCACCCAUUUGGUUUCAAUUCAAUCGUUCAGUCAUACAAACAAAAAGGGGGAGUACACACAUGUAUGUAGCUACUACACAUCCCCAGGAACGCCACUGACACGUGAAAGUAUAGAAUUGAAGCAAAAAUACAGUGCGCAGUUUCAGUGGCAUCUUUUUUGCCGAUGUAAGUACAAUCUCCCAGCAAACUGGUGGUACAUAGUGAACAUUGCAAUUCCUUGUAACCAAAGUACAUAUUUUACAUGGUUCUUUCGCUGAUCAGAUAGACAGGCAGUGGGUACAUGUAGAAUGCAGUUUGAGUUUGUCCUGUGACCAAUGAUGCUUGUAAUGCUGGCCAGAUCCAUCUUUCAUGUUUGGAGCUGUGAGGCUCGGCCAGCCAGUGCAAAUAGGCAAUUCCACAAUUUUGCCUUUGCUGCCCUGUCAGCGCUUUGUGUUGUAGCAGUGCUGAUUGUAUUCAUUAGUAGCUCCAACUCAUCCCUUGAUGGGCCAUCAUUGUGCCAAAUGACUCUGUUUGCUAACA